CCAAAACAAAUACUUCAGCUGUAAAAAAAAAUUUCUUAAAUGUAACUUGACUUUCUUAUUUUAACUGAAAUAUUAUAAAAAUGUGGCGUUCGAUUGGGGUAAUGGGCGCUAGGCUGAGUGUAACUCGGUGCAAAAGGGGCACCAUUCGCCAUCUACUUACGCGUUCUAACCAUGUUCUCCUUAACUUUUAAAUUUAAUGUUACUUUUUUUUUUCUAAACUUAAUUAAAUAUUACUUGGACCGAUAUCGAUACAUUAAUCUCCUACUCUAUAUACGUUGUUUUUAGCUAAGAAACAGAGAAUACUGGUGGAUAUGGUCAUUAUACACAAAAUAAACAAUUGGACAAGUGGUGAAAUAUGCCAAGAUAUGUCUUAAAUUGGUGAAGUAAUAUAUGUGUGAGUUAAUUCUCCGAGAUUUCGAGUAUCAUGUGUCAUUGAGCAAAUGGACUGAAUAUCCCUGGCUUUGAAAGAUAGAAAACGAUGGGGAAAAUGGCAAUUUGACUAUCUUUCUAUUUUGGAAUCAUGAAUCAUGAUUAGUCAUGUCAAUAACCAAAACUACUAGAAUGUUUGUUUCAUUAUUUUAAGUCUCCCCACAAAUGUUUAUAAUUGAAAUUAUAUUUAUUUGAUAACACAUUCGAAAUUAAUCUGUUCUCCACUGUCUUCUUGAUUUUUUUCAUAAAAAGACAGACGCAUAAGUGAGUACACUUUAUAACUAUAGUUCAUGUGAUCUAAUUAAUAAAUACAUUUGUAAUUUUAGCACAUAAGUAAAAUUUAGUUUAAGUACGAUCCAACUAUUUUAACCAGUUUUUAUGGAAACCUUAUUAUAUAUAACGUACUUUGUAUUUAAAGAAAUUUUGUUCAUUAUAUCAUUAAAAAUAGUUUUGGGAAACGUUUCUUUCAAAUUUAAGAAAAUUUUUAUUUGUAUAAAAUGAAGAUAAAUAUGAAAGAGUUAUAAAUUACAAAUUAAAAAAAAACAAAUAUAUAGUUUUAUUAAUACUUAUUUUAAUGUACACAUACCAACUUUUAAAUAGUUAGAUAUCAAAUGUGGAAAGCACUAAUAUUUACAUAAAGAGUUUCUUUUGUACAUGAACCUUCACAGGAAAUUUCCGAAACAUAAUUAACAAUGAAAAAUAAAGCUUGCUAGCUACUAAUGGCUCUGCUUUUUAAACAUCGAAUAAAAUCAGCAACAAAAUAAAAUUUGUUCACGUAAGUACUAUCUGCCUCUAAUUAAUAAUACUCUUGUCUCUGAUUAAUAUAAUAUUUCAUUUUCAAUUUGUUUAACAUUUCACGAGUCCGGUCCUACACAAGAAUCUCAUUGCUCUCUACAAAUAACAUCGACCCAUCGAGACAAAACAACAUGCCAUUUUAUACUUGGUUCUCUCCUUCUGGAAGUAUUUAAGAGAAUCAAAAUCGCUUAAGAGGUGAGUAAAUGAAAGGUGCAAUGGAAAAAGUGAGAGAGAUAUGGAAAGAAGGGAGGAGAGUAGGAAAAGAAGACCCAAGAAGAAUAGUUCAUUCUUUCAAAGUGGGACUUGCUCUUGCUUUGGUCUCUUCCUUCUACUAUUAUCAACCUCUCUACGAUAACUUUGGUGUCAAUGCAAUGUGGGCCGUCAUGACCGUCGUUGUCGUCUUUGAAUUUUCUGUAGGUGCCACACUUGGGAAAGGAAUAAAUAGAGCAGUGGCAACAUUAGUAGCUGGAGGACUAGGAGUUGGAGCUCAUCACCUAGCAAGUUUGUCCGGUCCAACAGUAGAACCUAUUCUACUCGCCAUCUUUGUCUUUGCGCAAGCUGCGUUAUCGACGUUCGUGAGGUUCUUCCCACGGGUGAAGGCGAGAUACGAUUAUGGGAUAUUGAUAUUCAUAUUGACGUUCUCACUGAUAUCAGUGUCGGGGUUUAGAGAAGACGAGAUAUUGGAUUUGGCGCAUAAGAGACUAUCGACAGUGAUAAUGGGAGGAGUCAGUUGCGUCCUUAUCUCUAUCUUUAUCUGCCCUGUCUGGGCUGGACAAGACCUUCACUCUCUUCUUGCCUCCAAUUUUGAUACACUGUCCCGCUUCCUUCAAGAAUUUGGGGACGAAUAUUUUGAAGAGACAGAUGAUGGGGACGUCAAGGAGGUGGAGAAGAGAAGAAGGAAUCUUGAAAAAUAUAAAUGUGUUCUCAAUUCAAAAAGCAAUGAAGAAGCUUUGGCUAAUUUUGCAAAAUGGGAACCGCGUCACGGCCAAUUUAGAUUUAGGCAUCCAUGGAAACAAUACCUUGCCGUCGCUGCAUUACUCAGGCAGUGUGCCUACCGGAUGGAUGCCUUGAAUUCAUACAUCAACUCAGAUUUUCAGAUCCCAAUGGACAUCAAAAAGAAACUAGAAGAACCGUUAAGAAAAAUGAGCUCGGAGUCAGGAAAAUCAAUGAAAGAAGCGUCAAUUUCAUUAAAGAAAAUGAGAAAAUCAUCAUCUUCUGAUAUUCAUGUCUUAAACUCACAAUCUGCCUGCAAAGAUCUUUCUACUUUACUCAAAUCAGGCAUCUUGAACGAUGUUGAGCCUCUACAAAUGAUCGCAUUAACGACCACCGUCUCUCUGCUCAUUGAUAUUGUAAACUUAACCGAAAAGGUAUCACAAUCCGUACAUGAACUCGCAUCCGCUGCAAGAUUUAAGAACAAGAAGAAAUCGACCGUGUCAUCCAAGAAGUCAGAUUCUGUAAGCACUGUUCGUGCAAUGCCAACCAAAUCUCAAGAUGAUCAUGUUGUCACAAUCUUAUGUGAUGAUGAUUUAUCAAACACUGUUGACCAGUCGUGUGGAGAGAGUUCAGUGGACUCUUGUCACCAUGUCGCCAUAAAGAUCGAUGAUGAUGAUGAUUCAGUCCAUGAAAAACAUGAAGAUGGUGAAAUACAUGUACAUACGAGUUGUGUAUUAUGUGGUCAAACUAAUGCUAGUGAUGUUUUAGAUUGUGGUAAUCAGAAAAUUAUUAAUAACUUAUAACUAUUUAUUAUAGGAUUUAGGUGAAUAUUAAUACAGUAUUAAAUAAAGUUAUUUUGAACAAGAGUUCGUUUUGGAUCUAGCCUAACUCGACCAUGGUUUUUUUUUCCUUCUUUUUGUCCUUUUCAACUAAGUUUCAGUAAAAGUAAAAUGUACCU